UGUAGGGGGAAGAAAUUUGGCGUGACAGCGUCAACAAGACGGAAGCAGUAUGUUCAACAACACAAGGGCGCCAUGUUCAAACUGCUUCAUCACAGCUGUUGACGUUUUGUUUUUUGUUUUUUGUUUGCAAUGCCAAACAAACUGAAACGAACUAAAAGGAGUCUCCGGAAUAGUUUGUGUGGUCAUGAAGAGCAACGUCAAAGAGUCGAGCCUAUGUCGUUAGUUUUAGUCGGCGCGACAUCGGCUAAUAGUGUAUUAGCAUGUCCGUCAAAGGAAGAAGCAUACUUGACCGAAUGUGACAGGAGCACGAACGACGAGGUUAAAGUCGCAACAACGUUAGUCAGUAACAGUGAUGGACGUCCCUCCUCCUCACAGUGAAGAUGUUACAGGAGUGAGGCAGAACUUAGCAUGUUUACCUUCAUCAUCUCUGCACAGUUGUUUGAUGGACAUCCAAGCGUCCAGCCCCACAUUCCCGGUGCAGACUGUGUUCGCAACCCUGCAGAGGAAAGCCAGGGAGAGGCUAGAAGAUUAUGGACGAACAGAUGAGAAGAGGAAACAAGAGUUGGAGAGCUGUGAGAAGGCCUCCAAACGCCUGAGAUCUAAGAACGUGACUGCCGUAGGAAGUUGCGUUGCCAUGGAGACGACUGAGCCCAGAGUGAGCAGACUGAGUCGCACUCGAAAACUCAAGCAGCAGGUUGUCGCUGAACAUAAACCAUGUCACGCAGAAAUGAACCAACCAAGGGAUGUCAACCAAAACGAUACUGGCUGUGACAAUGUGCUGUGGACGGACAAGUACAGUCCUCAGUGUGCUGGUCAACUGAUCGGGAAUUCUCUCCAAGUAAACAAGUUGCACAGUUGGUUGAAAAAAUGGAAACAACGAGCUGACUGCGAUGAGAGGAGGCCGGCAGAACAAAUCAAACCCAACAUAAAGAGCGGCGGGACUGUUUCCACUGAAGAUUCAUGGGAUUGCGGUGACUUCCAGGGUGAGGCUGGCUCAGAGCAGCCUACGCCGUGUAACGCUAUGCUCAUAACCGGGCCUUCAGGCAGUGGCAAGACUGCGUCCGUGUACGCUUGCGCUCGGGAGCUUGGCUUUAAGGUGUUUGAGGUGAAUUCGUCCUCACAGCGCUGCGGCCGUCAGAUUCUGUGUCAACUGAAGGAGGUGACUCAGUCGCACCUGGUGGAGACAGCUGGGAAGGACCUGCUGAAGCCAGCUUACUUUAACAACAGCAGCAAAGGAAGCAGCUCUCAAAGGGAAACUUUAGCAGGAAAAUUGUCGGCUCCCAAAAAGGUGAGACAAAAGUGUGGACGCCUCAGACGUGCAAGAAAAGAAAGUCCAGCUGCAGUCUCUUUGAAAAACUUCUUUAAGAUGAAGGCCAAAGCAGAUCAGCUCUGUAGUUUGUCGCCGUCUGAGACACUAGAGGAUUCACCUUCAGGCUCUCAUCAAACAGUACAACAGAUCAAAAAAGGAGCCAUGUCGCUGAUUCUCUUCGAGGAGGUUGAUGUUCAAUUUGAAGAUGAUGUCGGCUUCCUGGCAGCCAUCAAGAUGUUCAUGGCGACCACUAAAAGACCAGUGGUUCUUACAUCUAAUGAUCCGACUUUUCGAAAGAGAUUCAGCAGCAGCUUGGAAGAAGUCGUUUUCAAGACACCGUCGGCUAUGCACGUCUGCAGUUACCUCCAGCUGGUGUGCUUGGCUGAGGGCGUGAAAAUGGAAUUGGACGAGGUGCAAAGCCUCCACAUGCUCACCAGGGGCGACGUCAGGCGUUGUCUCCUCCAGCUGCAGUUCUGGGUGAACAGCGUUAAAGGCCUCCCAGAGGAACAUCCAUGCUGCACUAAUGUAGAGGGGGAACGCUGGAUUUACCGUAGUGCAGGCUGCACUGCCAGCAUGUUGGGUCUCCACCCUGUCAGACAUCUUCUGAACCCUCUAAAGCUUCGGACAAUCCACUACACAAAUUGGCGUCACGAACAGGAUGGUUUAGAAGCAACAGGUCGACAGCCGCUCCCGCUCUCUCAGUCAGGCAGACAGUGUGCUGCACGCGCGCAUAACAAGGGUUCGUCAUGGACUGAAGCACACAUGAACAAGCUAACUGAGAGCUGGAGAAGAAAUGUACCUCUGCUCUACUCCAACCUGGAGCUGCUUGUGGCCAUCAGGGCCCCCUUAGGAACAGCUGUCCCCACAGCAACAGACGCCAAGCCACCUCGGUUUAGGAAAAGGAUGGUAACAGGCUCCAGUUUGACACAAAAAGCGCAAAAAAUCUCCUCAUAUUUCAGGGCAACAGCACAUCAGAGAAGUGGACAAACUGCACCAAAAGCAGAAUUUCAAACUUUGAACUCUCUUGCUGAAUUCUUUGACCUCAUGUCAUACUUGGAUAACACAGUAGCAGCAGCAGCUCCACGCACAAGAGAGUUUGUUUGGACUGGAGCUGACGUGAAAGAUGGCUCGUUGGAUGAAAUGAGCGAGAAUGAGGAAGGAUGGAGUCGGAGCCAGGAAAGCCUGCUGGAGAUUCGGUCAGCCGUGGAGGGUUUGGGGUGUCGGACUGAAGCUGGGACAUGCAGGCGGGAACAAGGUGACGUGAGUUGGAGCUUCACCAGUCGGCCUCUGUGUGACCCAGUUGUGUCCCAGAGGAGGUACAGGCUGAGCCGGGCAGUGCUGAACAGUCGGUUCUUCAGCCUGCAGGGGAACAGACAGGCGGUAUGCGUUGACUACAUGCCAGCCCUCCGCUCCAUCAGUCGCUCUUCGAGGCAACAAGGUGACAAACCAGUCAGGUGUUUGAACUACCUCUACAACUUACACCUGGGCCUCUCCAAGUCAACUUUACACCUCAUGGCAGAAAAUUUCUCCAGCAAAAGCCUGGCGAAUUUAAGCAAACUACCUCACUAGUUAUAGUAUAUAGAAUAUUUAUUUUCUCUAAACAGUCCGAUUAAAUGAUGUGCAACCAUGAAAUAUAAAUAAAAAGUUUUAUUUCAACAGCUCAA